AGUUUUCCUCGACUUUUCUGCAAAGACAGACGCGAAAUUCGCGAGUUCACAAAAAUAAAGAAAAAAAGAAGAGAAAUAUUUGAAGAUUCUUUUUCUUUGAUUCGUGGUCGGUGGUGUGACUAAAAAUAUUUAUUUUGUGGUUUUUAUUUUUUCGCUUAAAAGGUACACAACGAAGGAAAAAUAAAUAAAAACGAAGAAAACAUAAAUAAAUCAUGACAUCGACAAGGGAAGUGAGACGAGAAGAAUAUUCAACGAACGUUGUUCGUCAUUUGCAACCCACUCGACCACUAUCACCAUACUCGCAAAAGUCAGAAUUCGACAGCAACUUGGAUUAUAUUCUUGAUGAUUUACAGCAAAGCAUCUCUCGUCCCGGCAGUUCUCUAGGCCAACCAAUAACUCAUCAUUCUAGUCAUCGAGAUAUUCAAUAUUUGAAUCCAGUCAAUACAACAACAACCUUAAGAGAACGAUCAUUGAGUCCCAAUUCAAGUAACAAAAUCUAUAAAACAUCAAAAUACGAAUACUCAACAGCAUCGAAUAGCAGCAAUUUCAAUAAAUCAUCAAGUGGAAAUUAUAAUGAAAUCAACAAGCUCGAUACACUUUUGAAUGAUCUUGAACACGAACGUACUGCAACACUUGACCGAAACAAGCGAAGCUCUUCCAACAAUAUUGGCAUCGAUUCAGCUUUACUUGAACCAGGUACGAAGGUCAUAAAAACUACAACAACAUAUACAAGCAAGAAUCCCGUAUCACGUGAACUCGUCUUUGAAUCGCCUGAUCCAUCCAUUAAUCGUUCGUUCCGUCAUCAGAGUCCUUCAUCAUAUGAAGCACGGACAGUUGAAUCAACAACUAAACGAAACGUUUCUUACAAUGAUGAUGGAUUGUACGGAAAACCACGUCGAACAAUUUCGCCGACGCCAGUUAACAGUAAUCAACAUUAUGUCACUGAGACGAGAACUCGUACUAUAACGCCCACGCCUGUAACUAAUACAGAGCGAUACAUUACUGAGACUCGUACAGUUAACAACGAGGUGGUGCCCAUUCCGAAGAGUGCUAAUUACAAUGAAGUUGUUCGUGUGGAAAACUCAACCGGUCCUGACGUCCUUCGUGACGUUCAAUUAUCUGACGAUAUUCUUCCAAAGCCGAAGACAAAAGUUACAACAACGGUUCGAACUUACACUUAUGAAAUUCCCGAACCAGAUGCAGGGUAUCCAAAUCGUGACCCACCCAAGAACACUGCAAUGUUUUACAAGACCGAACGUAAUGAAAGAAGUGCCAACUACUAUCCUAAUCAAUCGCCACCAAUUAUCAACGAUUAUCCACCGUUGACAAUUCAAGAAGUUCCACCACAGAACACGACAACAAUUCAUCGUUAUAAUGUGACAAACACGUCAUCAUCGCCUCCUAUUGAACCACAACAAUUUCAGCAAGUUCCACCUGGUGGCAUCACAAUUUAUCCUCCAAAUCAAACGACAAUCUAUAAAACGGAGACAGUAAAUACAACUAAUAAGCAGUAUCGUUCACCUACACCUAAUAAUUAUCCCGAUAAUGGUCCGAUCAAUCAUUAUCCAUCACCUAAUUCGGGACAUCCACAUCCACAUUCGCCUGGUAUUGUUUAUAGGCAAACGACAACAACGACAAACACAAGGAACGCAACUCAUCCACGUCCCGAGCGUGAACCUUUGUUACAUCCGUUUCCUGUUGAUGGGCCUAUCAUUACUGAAGUAGAUGGAAGUCCGCCAAAGCGCGUUGAAGAUUUAAUGGCGUCAUUUGGUGAUACAAGUGAAAUCCAUUAUACAAACAAAAAGGUUCAAAUUGCUGAGAAGCCAUUAACCCCAACCACGAGUUUAAGCACAACUCAGACUAAGGUUUAUUCUUCAGAGAAAGAGGAUAAGAGUAAAGCGGUUGUUCCAUCAAAGAACAUCACGGGACCUCCGGUUUAUUAUCCACCAAAUCAUGAACUCUUCACUUCGAAAGAAGAAGGUGGAUAUCGAGCUCAAGGUGGAUAUGCUCGUGGCAAAGGGAAAUAUAUGUAUGAAUCUGAAAGCAAGUCAAAGAGUAGCAGCAAAUCUGGAGCUGCUGUGGUGCCUUUAUGCUGUCCAUUAUGUUGUGCUAUGCCUUGCACGAUCAUGUAAAUUUUUGGUACUUAAUCUGGAUGUAAUUAUUAUAAAAUAAUGUUAAGAUGAAACAAAGUUUUACAAUACUAACAUCACUACGAAUCUCCGAUGCGAAUUUCGAUAUCUUAAGUAUCUUCUACUUAACAUAAAAAAGAUGGAAACAAAUUUAUCUAAAUAAUUUUUAUUUCGAAAUAUCAGAAUAAUUAUCGACUUUGAGUUUAACCAAUAAAUGUUUUGAUGUGAACACCUGUCGCUGUUUCACAAAAGAUUCAUAUCAAUUCAUUUCAAAACCUAAAAAAUUAUACUCAAAUUGAAAACUUCAACUAUGAAACUUAAACAAGAGAAAAUAUUUUAAUUGUAAACAAUAAC